AGGGGUCGCCUCUCUGCUCACACACAUCACAAGCCACUACAACUUAGAGAUCACAUAUCGAGGUAGCUAGAGAAAUUAAGAAGCCCUUCGGUCGAUCAGUAGAGCAGGAGGAGGAAAAUCGAGCUCAUCACCUUAGCUCAUCAUCAGCCAUCGAUAUGUCGCAGCUGGCGUCUCUGCCCAAGGUGAUCCUAGGCUCGGCAUCCUUCGGCGUAUUCUGGGUCCUCGCCGUGUUCCCCUCCGUCCCGUUCCUCCCCAUCGGGCGCACGGCGGGGGCCCUGCUGAGCGCGGCCCUGAUGAUCCUCUUCCACGUCAUCAACCCGGACGACGCCUACGCGUCCAUCGACCUGCCCAUCCUGGGCCUCCUCUUCGCCACCAUGGUGGUGGGGGGUUACCUGAAGCAGGCCGGCAUGUUCGCCCACCUGGGCCGGCUCCUGGCCUGGCGCUGCCGGCCUGGGGGCCGCGACCUGCUCUGCCGCGUCUGCGUCGUCACGGCGCUCGCCUCCGCGCUCUUCACCAACGACACCUGCUGCGUCGUGCUAACCGAGUUCGUGCUCCAGCUCGCCGCCGACAGGAAGCUCCCCGCCAAGCCCUUCUUGCUGGCGCUGGCCACGAGUGCCAAUAUUGGGUCUAGUGCGACGCCCAUCGGGAACCCGCAGAAUCUGGUCAUCGCGUUUAGCAGCAAGAUUUCCUUCGUGGGGUUUUUGCUUGGCGUCUUGCCGGCCAUGCUCGCCGGCAUGGCUGUCAAUAUGGUGCUGCUCCUCUGCAUGUACUGGAAGGACCUCGCCCCCGGCGACAUGGCUGCCGGGAAUAGUAAGGAGAUGGAGAUGGAGGAUGUCGUGGUCGUCGAGGAGGGCUCGGGCUUGCCAUCGCCACCGUCGACGUUGGUGGCCACCGGCGCCGGUGAAGAAGACGACCAGGAGAGCAGCAUCUCGACGAAGCACAGGUGGUUCAUGGAGUGCACCGAGCGGCGGCGGAGGGUGUUCCUGAAGAGCUUCGCGUACGUGGCGACGGCGGGGAUGGUGGUGGCGUACAUGAUGGGGCUCAACAUGUCGUGGACGGCCAUCACCACCGCCGUGGCGCUCGUCGUCGCCGACUUCCGGGACGCGGAGCGCUGCCUGGGGAAGGUGUCCUACUCGCUGCUCGUCUUCUUCUCCGGGAUGUUCGUCACGGUCAGCGGGUUCAACAAGACGGGGCUCCCGGGGGCCAUCUGGAACGUCGUGGCGCCCUACUCUAGGAUUGAUCAUGUCAGCGGCGUCACCGUGCUGUCGCUCAUCAUACUUCUCCUCUCCAACCUCGCCUCCAACGUGCCUACUGUGCUGCUGAUGGGGGACGAGGUGGCGGCGUCGGCGGCGACGAUCUCGGAGGCGGCGGUGAGACGGUCGUGGCUGCUGCUGGCGUGGGUGAGCACGGUGGCGGGGAACCUGUCGCUGCUGGGAUCGGCGGCGAACCUGAUCGUGUGCGAGCAAGCGCGCCGGGCGCCGCGCAACGCCCACGACCUCACCUUCUGGAGCCACGUCGUCUUCGGCGCCCCCUCCACGCUGCUCGUCACCGCCGUCGGCAUACCGCUCAUCGGCAUCCUCAACACCGCCUAGCUGGCUAGCUAGGUGGAUAUAUUAAUUAAGUUCAUACUGCAAAAUGCAUCGAUGAGCUAGAUCGAUCCAAUGAUCGACGUACCGAUAGCUAGCUGCAUGCAUGGAUGAACUGUAUGUAUUCUACUCUGAUCGAUCGAUUCGGAGGCAAGUGUACGUAUUCUGGAGUAAAUGUUUACCGUAGCUAGAGGGUAGCUAGCACUUACAUGGUCGGAGGAGACCAACUCCAGUAAUGUGUAAAUAAUGUGCUAAUCAGCACUGAUCAUCCUCUGGCCUGAUCUGCUUCAAGUAAGAAAGCCAGUUAAGGAUUUUCACUGAUUGAUCAACUCCAGUCAAGCCAGCCAGCCUGCAGGUUUUCUCUUUCACCAUCUGUUCUGCUCCAGCUUAGUGCAUCGACUUGAAAAAUUAUCAAAA